AUGACCAGUGUUGUCCAGCAGCCCCCCAAGGCGAAGAAGGGCAUCUUCUCGCGCCUCUUCGCCCACAAGCCCACCCCAGUCGAGACGCUCGAAAGCGAGGGCUACGAGGGAGAUGAGGCGCGCCGCGCCCUGGAGUCGUACAACUGGGACCUGGCGCGUGCCCGCACGAAACUCCAGCACGACAAGCACGCCAAGGGCAGUGACGGCCUGCCACUCGCACACUUCCCCUACGUCGAGGGCUGUCGGAUCUGCGACGCGCUCGCCACGGUCGACGAGGUGCACAAGGGCCUCGUGCCCGAGCAUCCGGAAGACCACGUCCGCUACGACGCGCCCAACAACAUGAUCCUCUACGUCAACGGCUGCGACCAGUGCGAGGUGCUGCGCUACGAGGACUCGGAGGGCAGGGCCGAGGGCAACGCUUUCACCCUGCGCAACGACCGGCUGACGCAGAAGGCGCUCGGCGUCGCGAGCGCCUGGGCAAUGCCUUCGAACGGGGUUGUAUUGUAG